AUGGGAGACAGAGGGCAAAAUGUAAGGCUUGUGGGAAUAUAUAUUUGGGCUGACUCAGAUAUCAAUGGCACUGGCAGUUUGAGGAGACACCUUAAGAAUUGCACCAAACGUAAAAACAAAGAUAUUGCCCAAAUGAUAUUAAGUGGAGGUGAUGGGAAUCUGACAUGUAAAAGCAAGAAGAUUGAUGCAGAAAUGGUGCGAGAUAUGAUUACCAUGCUUAUUGUUAGAAGAGAACUACCCUUGGUGUUUGUUGAAUAUCAAGAGUUUAGGGAUUUGAUUACCUAUCUUUACCCACAAUUCAGCCCGAUUAGUAGGAAUACCCAAUUGGCUGAUAUCUUGAGGUGGCACAAUAGGGAGAGUAAGAGGAUUAAGGAAUUUUUGAAUUCCUUCAAUGGUAGGAUGUCAUUGACUACUGAUUUGUGGUCCUCCAUCACGACUGACUCUUAUAUUUCUCUCACUUGUCAUUACAUUGACACAGAAUGGAUAUUGCAUAAGAAAUUACUAAAAUUUUGCAUCAUGCCACCACCACACACAGGAGUUAACAUAAGUCAAAUUGCAUCAGAGAUGUUAUUAUAUUGGGGGAUUGAGAAGAAACUGUUUUCUAUUACUCUAGAUAAUGCUUCUGCAAAUCUCUCUUUUAUUGAUCACUUGAAAAGAAAUUUGGUAUUGAAGAAGGCUUUAAUGUGUGAUGGUGAUUUUUUUCAUAACCGAUGUUGUGCCCAUAUAUUGAACCUAAUUGUACAAGAUGGUUUGAAGGUGGGUUUACCAAAUAAGAAAGGAUUGCAUGGAGAUGUUACCACGAGGUGGAACUCCACUUAUCACAUGCUUGAUUCUGCUAUAUUCUAUAAGAGUGCAUUUCAUGAACUUCAGUUGGUGGAUAAAAAUUAUAGAGAGUGUCCAAGUACUGAGGAAUGGUCCAAGGUGGAGCAAUUAAUGCAUUUUUUGAAGCCUUUCAAUGACAUCACAGAGGUGUUAUCUGGGUCCAAGUACCCAACAGUAAAUUUGUAUUUUCAUAACGUAUGGAAUAUACAUAAGUCUUUGUUGGAAGUGACAGUACAUGGAGAUGACCAUAUGAAGAAGAUGGCACAAGAAAUGAAAAAGAAGUUUGACAAGUAUUGGGACUCAUAUAGCAUUAUUUUAGCUAUUGCAGUUGUAUUUGACCCUCGAUACAAGUUAUCCUUUGUUUCAUGGGCUUUUGAUAAGAUAUAUAAUCUUGACUCUAGAUCAAAGGAGAAAUUUAGACUUGUAAAAACAAGUUUAGAACGACUCUUUGAAGAGUACCGAAGCAUGGAUGAGCUAAACGCAUAUGAGAGUAGCAAUAAUACAACAAGAUCAGAUAAAUCUAAAUUGUAUUUGUAUUUGGAAGAGCCAAGGAUCAAAGAUACGACGAAGCAAUAUGAUGUAUUGGCCUAUUGGAAGUCGCAAGGAACUAAAUAUCGUGAUCUUUCUCGGAUGGCACGGGAUGUGUUAGCUAUUCCGGUAUCAACGAUUUAUGCAAUCUGCUUUUAG